GGAUGUAUCAGUCGCCAUUACUGACUGGCAUGAGAGGGGAGGGAGCAGGUCUCGGAUUACACCCAUACCACUAGGUAAUAACACAAAAUAAAUUAAAACGAAACUAUUUGGAAUUUAAAGAGGAUACAGCAAAUGAGUGUGACUUCAAGGACACCAGCCGUUGCGAAGUCGAAUUUGCUGGAGUAAAAGAAUACACUUGGAAUGCCAUCUUUUUUUCGUGGUCUCCGGAGCUGGGAGCGACCAUGUUAGGGAGGGGCUAAUAGGGGAGAACCAGCUGCCCUGUCCCAGCUUAAGGAUCUAUACGGAUAAAGGGAUUCACCACUUCAGGGAGAAAGCCAUGAAUGUGCACCCCCACCCUAUCUAACCAAUGGGAGUGGACUGAUAGCUGUGCUGGUGGAAACCUUUCCAGAAAGUGAUGAAACAAUGACAGGGGGAAUAUAAUGGCCAAGAACAAGGAGGCACGCCCCCCAACAUAUGCUGUCAGUGUUGUUGGCCUCUCGGGGACAGAAAAGGAGAAGGGCAACUGUGGUGUGGGCAAGUCCUGCCUAUGCAACAGAUACGUGCGUUCGUAUGCGGACGGCUACUACACCGAGCACACCUCUGUGUUGAGCACAAUCGACUUUGGAGGUAGGGUGGUGAACAAUGAUCACUUCCUCUACUGGGGUGAGGUGCUACACCGAAGCGAUGAUGGGCUCGAGUGCAAAAUUCAGAUCAUUGAACAAACAGAGUUCAUUGAUGAUCAGACUUUUUUGCCCCAUCGCAGCACCAACCUGCAGCCCUAUACUAAGAGGGCUGCAGCCUCCAAGAUACAGUCUGCUGAGAAGCUGAUGUACAUUUGCACCGACCAGCUUGGCCUGGAACAGGAUUUUGAUCAGAAACAGAUGGCCGAUGGGAAACUGAACGUUGAUGGUUUUAUAUUGUGCAUAGAUGUGAGCAAAGGCUGCAAUAGGAAAUUUGAUGAUCAGAUGAAAUUUGUUAAUGUCCUUUAUUCACAAAUGGUGAAAACAAAAAAGCCCAUUGUCAUUGCUGCAACGAAAUGUGAUGAGUGUGUUGACCAGUAUCUAAGGGACGUUCAGGUAUUCGCUGCAAGCAAAAAGAACCUCCUGGUGGUAGAAACAUCAGCACGAUGUUGCGUUAAUGUAGAGCUGUGUUUUAACGCAUUGACCCAGCAGAUGGACAAAACACGAGGCAAACCCAAAAUCAUUCCUUAUUUGGAUGCCUACAAAGUUCAGAGACAGUUAGUAGCCACAGUGUCUGAUAAGUUUGAAAAGCUGAUUGUACAAAAUGUCAGAGAUUAUCACACAAGUUGGAAAACAGUGAGUAACACGUUAAAAAACCACCCUGACUAUGAGGAAUACAUCAACUUGGAAGGCACCCGAAAAGCUAGAAACACCCUCAACAAGCACAUUGAACAGUUGAAGCAGGAACAUAUCCGGAAAAAGAGAGAAGAAUACUUCUCCAGCCUUCCUAAAAUUCUCAAUAACUUGCUCAACAAUUUGGAUGAACUCGAGAACCUGAGCUGGUCAGAGGCUCAAAACAUCUUAAAGUGCAGGUCUGAUUUUCAAUUUUGGUUUGUAGUGUUGGAACACACCCCUUGGGAUGAGACGGACCAGAUUGAUAAAGUCAAUGACAGAAGAGUGCCCUUUGAUCUUCUGAAAACGUCAGAGGGUGAAAAGAUUUAUCAGAACCAUGUUCAGCAUUUAUUCUCUGAGAAAAGGCGAUUAGAAAUGAAAGAUAGAUUCAAGAAAACGUUGGAUCGAGUCCAUUUCAUCAGCCCUGGACAACCCUGGGAAGAAGUAAUGUGUUUUGUCAUGGAGGACGAAGCUUACAAAUAUAUCAGUGAAUCCGAUCGCAGGGAUGUUUACAGCCGGCAUCAGCAGGAAAUAGUUGAAAGGGCCAAAGAGGAAUUUCAGGAAAUGCUUUUUGAACAUGCAGAACUGUUUUAUGAUCUUGAUUUGAACGCCACCCCAAGCUGUGACAAAAUGAGCGAGAUCCAUAAUGUGCUCAACGAAGAGCCCAGAUACAGAGCUCUUCAGAAACUGGCUCCGGAUAGAGAGUCGCUGCUUCUCAAGCACAUCGGGUUUGUCUACCACCCAACAAAGGAGACGUGUCUGAGUGGACAAGGAUGUGUUGACAUGAAGGUCGAGCAGGUACUAGCUAAUAGGCUUGUUCAGCUGGAUCAAGGUCGGUCUAAUCUCUACUAUAACAGUGCCAACAUUGAUAAAGUUAACUUAUGUCUCUUGGGGAGGGAGGGUCUUGCCCAAGAACUUGCAAAUGAAAUCAGAGCCCAGUCCACAGAUGACGAGUACACCCUGGAUGGGAAAAUCUAUGAACUGGAGCUUCUGCCUGUUGAUGUCAACUCAACAUUGCUCUUUAGCCAUACGUGGGCAUCGACCUUCAAACCUCAUGGAAUCUUCUGUGUCUUCAGUUCCAUAGAAUCGCUAAAUUGUGUUGGUGAUUGCAUAGGGCGAAUCAGGGCUGAGAUUGCACAGACCAGGAGGGAGAGAUAUGCUCAGCCAUUGCCAUUCAUUCUAAUCCUAGCAAACCAGAGAGACAGUGUUUGCAAAAAUAUGCCUAUCUUGAGGCAUCAGGGCCAACAGCUUGCAAACAAGUUACAGUGCACCUUUGUAGAUAUACCCUCUGGUACCUUUCCGCGGAAGUUUAACGAGUUCCAAAUUAAACAAGCUCUUAGGGGAGUAUUAGAAGGACUAAAGCACAACUUUGAUGUGAUGAGCCCUCUGCCUUCCAUCAAAGACAUGUCAGAGACCGACUUAAGGAUUGUUAUGUGUGCCAUGUGUGGGGAUCCAUUUAGUGUGGACCUCAUCCUCUCGCCCUUCCUGGAUUCACAUUCCUGCAGUGCUGGGCCACCUGGCCAGAGUACCACCCUGAUCCUUGACAAAAUUAUUGGCGACCGUCGCAGGAGAAUACAGGUCACGGUCCUCUCCUACCACUCAUCGAUUGGAAUCCGGAAGGACGAGCUCGUUCACGGAUACAUCCUUGUCUACUCUGCAAAACGCAAGGCCUCCAUGGCGAUGCUCAGGGCUUUCCUGGCGGAGGUCCAAGACGUCAUCCCCGUUCAGAUGGUGGCCAUCACAGACAGUCAAGCCGACUUCUUUGAGAACGACUCGAUUAAAGAGCUCAUGACUGAAGGGGAGCACAUUGCUACGGAGAUAACUGCCAAAUUCACAGCGCUCUACUCUCUGUCUCAGUACCAUCGGCAGACUGAGGUGUUCACGCCGUUCUUUAACGAGGUGCUGGAGAAGAAGAACGGCAUUGAGAGCGCCUUCAUGUUCGACAGCUCUCGAGACUGCACGGGCGCGAGUGAAGAUGUCUUCCCUCAGUCUCCCCACAGUCACUCUCCUGCGUACAGCUACUACCCUGACUCAGAGGACGACACCGAGGCCCCCCCGCCUUACAGCCCUAUAGGGGACGACGUGCAGCUCCUUCCAACACCUAGUGAACGAGCUAAGUACAGAAUCGAUUUGGAGGGGAACGAGUACCCUGUCCACAGCACGCCUGUCGGCGACCAUGAGCGCAACCACAAAGUGCCCCCACCUGUUAGGCCCAAGCCUAUUCUAUCCAAGCCCAACGUCAAGAAACUUGACCCCAAUCUCCUGAAGACCAUCGAGGCUGGGAUGAGGAGCAAUAGGCGACAGCGCAGCCCCAUGGCCCACUGCGAGGACGUCGAGGCGUCUGACAAUUACGCUGACCCUGUGGACACGCUCGUGAAGUCAAAGGGCUUCACCGACGACAUCUACGCCGUCCCUGACGACACCCAGAGCAGGAUAGUCAAAAUGCGCAACUCAUUCGGGGGGCUUCACGUCUUACAUGGGGAUGAGGAGAAUGGCUUUGACCGCAAGGCGCAGGCUAGUAGGAGGCCCUCUAAGUAUAAGCACCGUUCAAAAAUACUCUUUAGUAAGACCAAGAUGUACCACAGGCGCGUCCACUCAGACGUGAGUGAUGAUGAAUCUGGGCCGGCCCUGCAGAAGAAGAAGAAGGGCAGGGCCCAUCGGGGCAGUGAGGAGGACCCCCUGCUUUCCCCUGCUGACCCCUGGAAGGGAGGGAUAGAUAACCCUGCCAUCACCUCUGACCCGGAACAAGAUGACCUGAAGAAGAAAAAAAAGAAGACGCCAAAGACGAAGGAAUCCAAAAAGCCUAAAUCCAAGCCCCCGAAGCCUUUGUAUCCCCCCACACGGAGGAACUGGGAAAGCAACUACUUCGGUGUUCCACUGCAAAAUCUGGUCACCCCAGACAGGCCAAUUCCCUUGUUCAUUGAGAAGUGUGUGGACUACAUUGAACGCACUGGACUUACAACAGAGGGCCUGUAUCGUGUGAGUGGAAACAAAACUGAUCAAGACAAUAUUCAGAAGCAAUUUGAUCAAGAUCACAGUGUGGACCUGGUAGUGAUGGACGUGGCGGUGAAUGCGGUGGCCGGGGCUCUGAAGGCCUUCUUCGCUGACCUGCCCGACCCUCUCAUCCCCUACAACCUGCACCCGGAGCUGGUGGAGGCAGCCAAAAUCGUGGACCACAUAGAAAGACUCCAAGUGCUGAAAGAAAUCGUGAGGAAGUUCCCUCCUGUGAACUACGAGGUGUUCAAAUAUGUCAUCACUCACCUGAACAGGGUGAGCCAGCAGAGCAAGACCACCCUGAUGACCGCAGACAACCUGUCCAUCUGCUUCUGGCCCACGCUGAUGCGUCCCGACUUUGAGAACAAGGACACCCUCUCCACCACCAAGCUCAACCAGUCGGUCAUCGAGUCCUUCAUCCAGCAGAGCCAGUACUUCUUCUAUGGCGGUGACAUCCAGGAGAGUUCCAGCACGGAGAGCACCCCGCCGCCCCACCACUGUCACAGCAUGGUGGAGGCCCUGCUCCCCCUACAGCUGCCCCCUCCACUCCAGCCCCAGCAGAUCCAGCACAUGUCCCUGCAGCCCGACCCGCUUAUAUAGACCCCCACCCCCCGGCGGCGGUGCCCUUGGUGGGCCGGCGUGUUACGGCACACACUACUACGUUUCACCUUAGGUCCCGGCUCCCCGUUCUGGGCAACUGAAUUGUUGAGAGAAUGAAGAAGAAAAAACUACGUACAUGUGGUCGACCUUUUCCCAUUUUCAGAAAGAUGUGACGUGGGGUGGAGGAUUGAGACCAUCUGUUGCUCUGGGGAUCGACCCCCCGACCUUAAAGACACUUCAUGCCUCCUGGAAGGGGGCAAAGGCCAUGUGAAAAUGAUUUGCUAAACUCUACAACACCUUGCAAAAUAUAAGGAAAAUAUAUUUAUAAUAGUUGUUUUUUGUUUAUUUGUAAACAAAAAGAAAAAAGAAACAAAAAAAGACUGCCUGUCAAAAAACCUCAUUCAUUCAAGUGAACUUGACAUUACAUGAUGUUCUUCUGCUACUACCAGGGUAGAUGUUCUUCUGCUACUACCAGGGUAGAUGUUCUUCAGCUUCUACCAGGGUAGAUGUUCUUCUGCUACUACCAGGGUAGAUGUUCUUCUGCUACUACCAGGGUAGAUGUUCUUCUGCUACUACCAGGGUAGAUGUUCUUCUGCUACUACAUUUCAUUAUGAUUUGACCAGGAUGAAAAUGGAUUGUCCUUUUGCUUUUAUACCAGUAUGACUUUGUGUUUUUAUCGAAAAGGUUUGUGGGACAAAAAGACAGGGAGAUUUGUCAGGAUGGUGCUUGUGUGUUCGUAGUCUCUUCUCCGCUCCCAACGCCUCGCACUGUUUGGGAGGGAACGGGACCCUGUGGAAGAGGGCGGUUUCACUGGUGCAGUACCGCAUUGGACCAGGACCAGAACAGACCAACGGACUGCCUGACCCAUCUCCUAUUGGAGCAGAACUCAUGCAAUUUCUGAAGCUUAUGAAGGGAGCAUCCCACUACUAAAACCCUAAUGGCACAUCUCUGCGUUUAACUCUGAAAUGUACGCGUUGCAAAGCAUUCUCUCGUUCUGGCCGUUUGUUUUCUAUGUUGUUUUUAGUCUCUGUGGCGGUGCUGCUCACCUGAUGGGAGGCGUUUGUUGUUCUUUGUUGAACUAAAUUUGCAUGUCUUAUUUUGCCACUUUGAAAUGAUAAUGAAAGAUUUAAAAGAAAAAAAACGACUGAACUUACAACUCAAGAUUAACCACAUUCAUUCAGAUCAUCUUUUUUUAAUGUAACUUAGUUGAGGCAGAUUCAAAGGAGGUCACAUUUUCAUUUCUACUGUUCAUUCAUUCAGUUUGUCAUGCAAGAUGUCAACUCUUAAUAUCAUAUUUUGGUUACAUGUUUAAUUGUUUCCCUUAAAUAGAGGGGGAAAAUAUAUAUAAGUAUAUUAUUUAUCAGCAGAUUGCUGAUAUAGCAAAAUACCAUUGGGUACUGACAUUCUGUAUAAUCUUGUAAUACCUACUAUAACCAGAUUUCUUUGUGGUAUGAUGUACUAAAAUGUUGGGUUAGAUUAAUUGACUGUACUUAAUUCCCUUCAUCUUAUGAAUAAAGACUCAUUGCUUCUUUGUA